AUGCUGUCCAUGUAUCCGCCGCCAGGCAUUCACUUCCGCAACCCUUUCGUCGACUCUUCGGCCUCGACGUCUCAGAACUUUAGCCACUCUCACUUCAAGCUCGACCUUGACAUCCAAUCUCCUGCUGGCUCGGCCAAGGUCACAUUCCCUACGAAUAAGCCCCUCACGCCACCACCGGACAUGAACAGCGUUGCCUCCCAUGUGCAGCCUCAGCACAGUAGCUACUAUGGAGAGAGAUCUUCUGCCACUCCGGUCAAAUACGAGCACCGCAAGUACGACCAGGCCACAUACGACCAAAGCCACAGUCACAGCCAGAACCAAGUGCACCUACCAAAGCCCGAUGUCAGCGCUGCGAAACCACCGAGUCCGGUCUACCAACCACACCCCGUACACUUCAUCGACCCUCCAACCAACAAGAGAGAUUCUCACAUGAGCGCAAUUGCUCCCUCGCUGCAAAUCCCACGAUCGGUGAACAGCAGCCAAGGGAGCAUUGCUGAGCUGGCAGCACAAAUCACAUGCCUUUUCUGGUUCGAGAGCUCUACCACGCUAGACCGUGCCGACGAUCCCACGACGACAUACAAUGUACAAUCGCUGGUACCCGAAGCCAUCCCUACAACAGGUUUCCGCAAGUGGGUGACAACCAUCCUGUCCACUACCCAAGUGACGCAGAAUGUCAUCAUCCUCGCUCUGCUGUUCGUCUACCGCCUGAAGAAGCUCAACCCGAGCGUCAAGGGAAAGCCUGGCAGCGAGUACCGCCUGCUCACAGUAGCACUCAUGCUCGGCAACAAGUUUCUGGAUGAUAACACAUACACAAACAAGACCUGGGCCGAAGUGUCUGGCAUAUCGGUGGCUGAAGUGCACAUCAUGGAGGUCGAAUUCUUGAGCAACAUGAAAUACGCCCUCUUCACAUCUGCCGAAGAGUGGGGACUCUGGCAGAGCAGACUGGGCCGCUUCGCCAGCUUCUUUGACCGCGCUUCAAGACCCAUGCCUCAACUGCCACACACCCUUCCUUCGCCUCCUACGUCAAAUCACGCCUCGCCUCCCUACUACAGUGCCUCCAACAACCCGCUCACUCAAUCCUUCCCUCAGUACCAAUCUCCUCUCGCCCAGCUUCCCGAUCUCGCCUCACAACUCUCGCGCAAGAGAAGUCUCGACGCCUACACGGAGCCUCCAGCCAAGCGCAUGACCCCGGCUUACCCUCCUCCUGCUCAGAUCCAUUCACAAUAUGCUCCGAGAGUCACUUUGCCAAGUCUCGCUCUCCCACAGCCUCACUCCCAGCACUCUCAGCACCUUCAUCCUCAACUGCCCCCUAUCAAUUACUCGCACCUCCCCAUGAACCAGGUGACCCAGCCCCCUAUUUCGUGGACCCCAGCAACUUCCAUUCCAGCUCCGAUCUCGCACGCCACUACGCCCAUUGGCAUGACUUCAAUGCCACAGUCUGUCGUUCAGUCGAGACAUCAGAGUCCAUUCCCUACCUCUGCUGCUGGUUCUCCUACCGACGGACACUACCAACCUGCAGGUCAGGCUCACCUCUCUCAGUUGUCGCCAUCCUACUUCUUGGCUCAGCGUAACAGCCCUUACCGACCAGUUCGUGGUGUUUCGACUCUGCUGGUACCCCCUCCUUCCCGCGCUAUGCAGCAACCCCAGAAUGUUCAGCGUGAACAGAUGCAUUAUCAGCCGCUUGGACGUCCCCAGGAGCGUCAACAAGGUCGUCUGCCUUAUAUCGAGAGCCAGUGGUUCGAGGGAAACCCUACAUCCGCCAACCAAUGGUACUCGCAGAACCAGCAACACCAGCAAUUGCCCCCCACCUCAUUUUACAACAGGGUCUAG